UCAGACUGCUGGCUCCAGCCUCUCCUGGUCAACACCAUGAUCAAAACCCCCAGUGAUCAUCUGCUGGACUCCCUGGAGGAGCUGCUGCCCAAUGACUUUGAGAAGUUCAAGUUUAAGCUGCAGAACACCAGCGUGGAGAAGGAUCACUCCCGGAUCCCCCGGGGCCAGGUCCAGAAUGCCAAGCCAGUGAAGCUGGCCAAUCUGAUGAUCAACCACUACGGGGAAGAGAAUGCCGUGCGGCUGACCCUGCAAGUCCUGAGGGCCAUCAACCAGAACCUCCUGGCAGAGGAGCUUGACAAAGCGAUUGGCCCAGAGUAUCUGAUACAAGAAAGUGGCACAGACAGUUCAGCAAUGUCUUGUUCCUUUGGGGAGAAUAAGUCCAAGGGCCUGAAGAUAUCAGAUGGCCUGGAAGGUGAGAGACAGCGGCAAAGUGGUGAUGGGGCUGUCAGCCUGCCAGCCAACCAGCAUGAGGCUGGAAAGGGAUCCCAGAAGAAGCCUCAGAGCAGACGGAGAGAUCAAAAGAGCUCUGAGUGCCUGGAUGUGCUGGGUAAGCCAGGGGCCAGGAGCCUCAGUUCGUCCUCCAGGAGAAGCCCAUUCCCUGGCAAGCUGCAGGGGGAGAAGGGGAGUCCUACUGACCAUAUACGCAGGAAUGCCAGCUCCUUAGGAAGGCUCCAAGGACUCUCCUCUGGGUCGUUUACUGGGUCCCUGGGAAGAGUAAAAUCCAAGAUACCUGAAGAACGUUUAUCAUCAGGACAGAGGCGACCCAGAAGUCUUGAAUUCACCAUUUUUUCAAGAGAGAGAGAACUCCUCAAUCCAGAAACUCUUCUGUCUCAAGAGAAAAUGAGAAGUGACCAUACAGACUCAGCAGCCACCCCCAGUGAAGUGGCCACUCUGGAUGUAGGUGCUACUGUGGCUCUAGAGAAAGGCUCCAGGAAUCCAGAACAUUCCAUGACAGGGAAGCCACAGGAUGAGGCCAUGUAUCCCCUUGGCCGUGCCCAGGAAGGAGAUCCAGCUGAUGGCACCUAUGUGCAUGAUUCCUACAGACCUGCCAUUGGUUCUGAGGAUCUCAAGACCUCAGGCAGAUACUCACCCAGCUGCCUCUCAAGCCAGGCCUCACCGCCUGUAAAGAACUCUGGAGACAUCCAGCAGAAGGAGGACCUGCAGAUGGCUAUCUUGAGCCCCAGGUCCCUGCCACAGUGUGAGCGACACAUGAAGCAAGUCCAGCUGCUCUUCUGUGAGGACGACAGGGAGCCUAUCUGCCUCAUCUGCAGUCUGAGUCAGGAACACCGAGGCCACCGGGUACGCCCUAUUGAGGAGGCUGCCCUGGAAUACAAGGUGAAAAUUCAAAAGCAGCUGGAGUAUGUGAAGGAGUUGAGAAAAUCUGGGGAGGAGCAGAGAUCUCAGGGAGAUAAGAAGACUGCAAAAUUUCUGAAACAAACUGAAACCCAGAAGCAGAGAAUCCAGCACCAAAUAGAGCAACUGUACCAUAUUCUGGAGCAGCAAGAGAAGUUCUUUGUGGCCUCAUUCGAAGAUCUGAACCGGACCAUUGGCCAGGUCAGGGAGACGUAUAGCACCCAAGUGUCCAGAGACAUUGCCCUCCUCGACGAGCUAAUUGGAGAGCUGGAGGCCAAGCAAUGCCAGCCGGAGUGGGAGCUCAUGCAGGACAUCGGAGUCACCCUGCACAGGGUCAAGAUGGUGACUGUUCCUAAGCUGUGGAACACUCCCCUAGAGGUGGAAAAAAAGAUCCAGUUGUUCUACCGGAAAUCAGAGUUUGUAGAGAAGAGCAUGAAGUACCUCUCAGAAAUGCUGCGUUCAGAAAUAGAUAUCUUCAAUGUUCCAGAACUCAUCUGUGCUCGGGCACAUGCCGCUAAUGUGAUUCUGGAUGCAGAAACCGCCCACCCCAAUCUCAUCUUCUCAAAUAACCUGAAGAGCGUGAGACUUGGAAACAAGCGGAAUCGUCUGCCUGACAAUCCAGAAAGAUUUGAUAGUUGCAUCAUUGCCCUAGGCCUUCCAAGCUUCUUCUCUGGCCGCCAUUACUGGGAAGUAGAGGUGGGAAACAAGACAGGGUGGAUCCUGGGCAUCUGCAAAGCAUCCAUGAGCAGGAAAGGGAGCAUGACUCUGUCACCUGACAAUGGUUACUGGGUGGUGAUAAUGAUGAAGCGGAGUGAGUACCAGGUGUCCACUAUUCCCCCAACACGCCUGCAAUUAAGGGAACCUCCCAAACGCGUGGGCAUCUUUCUGGACUAUAAGGCUGGAGACAUUUCCUUUUACAACGUAACAAACAAAUCCCUCAUCUACGCAUUCACUGGCUUCUCUUCCUCUGAGCCCCUCCAGCCUAUCUUCAGCCCUGGAACACAUGAUGGAGGGAAGAACAUGGAUCCUCUGACCAUCUGUCCAGUGGGUGACCAGGAACCUCACUGAAUGCCCUAUAUAUCUCUCUUCUGGCUCCCAGCCUUGAAUCUUGGAUCUGUACACUCAACUGUCAUUAUUGAAUGCCCACUGGGUUCCAGCUGCUGUGGGUACAAUAUAACGAAUUAAGAAAAGAGUUCCUGUGCCCAAAGAGCCUAUGGAAUGAUAGCAGAAAUAAACUAGGUACACAAAUACUGGUAAGCCAAAGGUGAAGAGAACACAUGUACUGAUGACACCUCAGAGGAGGAAGUACAUAGCUGUUGCUUAAUGAAUCCUUGUAUGAAUUAGCACCCUAAGAUGCCCCUAAGGCAGAGAUCUUACCCUCAUUUUCCCUCAGAACUCUGUGGCAAGGAUGUGUCCCUUCAUUCUGUUCUCUUCUUUCGUGGGGACUUGGAAAGCUGAGAUAAAACAAGUUGACUAGUUUGUUCUCUUUUUGUACCUGGAUUAAUGAACUAUGGAUCUUAAGAGAAUUGACUAGGCCUCAUAAAUAAAUCAAUUAGAAAACUUGGUCAUAAUUGCACUUAGUCUGCAUUCAAUCUGUUACUUAGUCAAUCAUUGUGAGAUCCCAUUUCCCUACUGAACAUGAAAAAGAUGGAGCUGCUAUUGUGGGAAAAUAUUUGACACAUAUUCCGAGUGUCAGAUUUUUAAAAAAUUCUGUCCUGAUCUGUACCUGAAAAUCUGUUCUAUUUCACAGAUACCCCAUUUACAGAGAUGUAAAGAGAAAGGAUGUAAGAGGGAAAA